GUCAAAAAAUUCAACACACCAGCAGUGUGAGGAGACCUGAAAGUGUGCACAUGGCAGAGUUGUGGCGAUGGAGACAGCAGCAAUGGGAGGCCGUACAGGGACCCAUGACAGACUCUGGACUUGCAGCAGACAAUGAGGAGGCGGUAUAUAGGGGCCUAUGGCAGAUUAGGGGCCUGGAGCAGCUAUGGGAGGCCCGUAAGAUAGAAUGCCAGCACCCUAUGCCAAGUGGCACCUGGCAGCAGCAUGAGGAUGGGUACAGGGCCCAUGGCAGAGUGGCGAAGCGUAAGCAGCUUAAAUUGAAGGCCAUACAGAGGCCUAUGUUAAAAAGUCCCCCCAGCAGCAGUGUG